CACUCAAAGCAACAAAAUAAGGAAGCACUCACACUAGAACACAUUCACCAAAAUGAUCCUCAGGAGAACUGCAUGCAGCCCGGAGGACCUUGGAGUUGGAGCGUGGAGCUGUUGACGUCAAUAGGACCUGUUAUGGCGCUGAUAACUCAUCCCAUCCCCCCUGUCACAGGGCAGGACAUGUUUAAGUCAUCGAGGCAUCCAGCGGCACCAAUACGUGAAAACACUUGCCCACGUCCUACGUUAUUCCUCGCAGUCGGAACUCGGCUUCGAUAUGUUGAAACCACGGGCAUGUGUGUCCACGUCUGGCCGAGACAUCACCUCCUUCCCCUCCGCGUGUGGGCAAGAUGUCACCUCCUUCUGCUCGUCAGGCCGAGGACAAGCGGCCUCCAGCUCCUGUACAGGCUCCGUGGACCUGGCCAUGCCAGCCUCCUUCAUGUCUUGCACCCACUUUAUGGCCACCCAAGCUGCUCUCCUGCAUCUGUGGCACACGACCUGACCCACCUCCAGUCCUUUGACGGCCAAGCUUCCAACGGGAUCCUCUUCCCGCUGGCGCCGCCUCUCAUGCUGUCCUGGUGGUCCCCCACUGGGCGACCCCCAGCUCCUCUAUGCAUGCAUUCCCUGCCGACUCCCAGAGUGGUCUUGCCAGUUCCACGAGGCUCACCGUCCCAGUUGGCCCCCGAAGGGGUCCCGCCCGUGACCGCGCACCGGUCCGCUCACCACCGAUCCCUCUUUGACUUUGGACUUUUUAGGACAUCUAGGAACCAUCCUUGAGGGAGGGGGGUUACUAUCACAAUCUUGGUCGUUGCCUGCGUGACAGCUCAUUUGUGCUACCUUUUCAUGCCUUAGUUUCUGUUUGAUGCCCUUAUUUUGGAGUACUUUGCGUUUUGCCAUCGUCUGUGUUUUUCUGCUUUGCUUUUCUCAUUUCAAUCACCUGCUGCCAAUUUGAGUUACGCUUGUAUUUAGUUCUGCCUCGCGUUCCCUUGUUUGUUGGAGCAUUGUCAUGUUCUGCUCUUGUGUGGAUUCCUGCCGCUGCAUAGCAGCUUUAAUCAUUAAAAGACUUUUACCUGCACUUUGGGGUCUCAUCUCUCGCA